CUCGUGCUAGCGCAGAUGUGACAUCCCCGGCGUCGAGAUCCACCAUCCAUCCGAUCUCAGGGGUUCAGAAAGGGUAUCGUACGACUGUAAAUGCACAUCACUGCAUAUCGCUGCCGCUUCCGACGUGAUUUCCGCUUCUGGAAGAAGCCUGUCACCUAUGCAGGAGGAUUAUUUCAAAGUCAAAAUCUCACCACGUUUUCUGGCUUGGCUGACAUUUCCAAUCGUCUAUUUCGCCGUUGAGCGAUUAUAAAGACUGCGAUGGCAGCGGCCAAAAAAAUAAAAAAAGCCCUAUAUCGACAUUGUCCGGAAACUUGAACAGCUUCGUGCUUCCAACAAUAUUUUCUCACUUUCGUUGCGUAAGCUGCAGUCAUGUGGUCAUCAUUGAUCUUACUGCUGCCAUUGGUCUCAGCCCAAGGCUGUCCAAUGGCCGCCAUAAACAAACGAGAUCUUCUUGGUCAGCGAGCUGAUGCUUCAUCCCUCGAGACUCUCAGCAAUUCAUUCGGCAAGUGUCCACGAAUCAGUGAUGCUGCAGGCGGUGGUUCGCGCACCGGAGACAUGUUUCCAUGUCAACUAAAACUUGACGUCCUUCGUCAGUUCUCACCUGAGCAGAAUCCGCUUGGCAGGAACUUCGACUACGCCGCAGCUUUCGCAAAGCUCGAUUACAAGGCGCUCAAGGCGGAUCUUAAAAAGCUGAUGACGGAUUCUCAACCAUGGUGGCCAGCAGAUUUCGGCCACUAUGGUCCAUUCUUCAUUCGAAUGGCAUGGCACAGCGCUGGAACCUACCGAGCUCAUGACGGACGUGGUGGAGGAGGCAUGGGUCAACAACGUUUCGCACCACUCAACAGUUGGCCAGAUAACGGGAAUCUUGACAAAGCUCGACGACUGUUGUUACCCAUCAAGCAGAAGUACGGUCGUUCAAUCUCAUGGGCCGAUUUGAUGUUGCUCACCGGAAAUGUUGCACUGGAAGAUAUGGGAUUCCCAGUCCUCGGGUUCGCUGCCGGUCGUCCAGACACCUGGCAAGCUGAUGAGAGCGUGUUCUGGGGCGCCGAAACUACCUUUGUCCCCAAGGGCAACGACAUUCGCUAUAAUGGCAGCACUGAUUAUGUUGCAAGAGCAAGCCACUUGCAGGAACCUCUCGCUGCUGCUCAUCACGGACUUAUUUACGUCAACCCUGAAGGUCCAGAUGCCAGUGGUGAUUCCAAAGCUUCAGCUUUGGAUAUUAGAACUACGUUUGGUCGGAUGGGAAUGAAUGACUCAGAGACCGUGGCUCUUAUUGCAGGAGGCCAUGCUUUUGGUAAAACGCAUGGUGCAUCAAGUGCAGUUACGGGACCUCCCCCAGCAGCAGCAGAUAUGGCAGCGCAGGAUUUCGGUUGGGCGAACCCUGCUGGUACCGGAUCUGGACCGGAUGCUAUUACCAGUGGCUUAGAAGUCAUCUGGUCCAAGACUCCCACCAAAUGGGGUAACAGCUUCUUAAACAGCUUGUUCGGCAAUACUUGGUCACCAACGAAAAGUCCUGCUGGAGCACAUCAGUUUGAAGCAUUGAAUGGGACCGCCGAUUAUCCGAAUCCCUUCGGAGGCGGAUUCCGUCGCGCGACAAUGCUCGUCAGCGAUCUCGCGUUGCGCGAUGAUCCUAUUUAUGGGCCUAUUGCGAAAUCCUGGGUCAAAGACUUUGAAGGCUUUACGCAUGCUUUUGCGGCAGCUUGGUUCAAACUCACUCACAGAGAUAUGGGACCACUCAGUCGGUAUUUAGGCCCAGAAAUUCCGAAGCAACAGUUCAUCUGGCAAGAUCCCCUCCCAAAGGCCAACUACGCGUUCACCACAGCCGAAGAUCAGUACAACCUGAAGAAGCGAAUUCUUUCUACUCCUGGAAUUACUGUAUCAAACAUGGUUUCUGUCGCUUGGGCAUCUGCCUCGACGUUCCGCGGAGGAGACAAGCGUGGAGGAGCUAAUGGCGCACGUAUUGCCUUGGAACCCCAAGUCUCUUGGCCAGUCAACAACCCUAAACAGCUUCGCACCGUACUUUCUGCUCUGAACUCAAUCAAGUCUGACUUCAAUGCUCGCAACAGCGGAAAGCAAGUCUCCUUGGCAGAUCUAAUCGUUCUAGGCGGAAAUGCAGCGGUCGAGAAAGCUGCAUCAGAUGCCGGCAUAUAUGUCUAUUGUCAAUUCAUAGUUGGUCGCACUGAUGCCACUCAAGCCGACACCGAUAUCGCGAGUUUCGAGAAUCUUCGCCCUCAGGCUGACGGCUUCCGCAACUACCGAAACACCACAGGCUGGUCUCUUGCCCGCACGGAAGAGCUCCUCGUUGACAAAGCUCAACAACUCACUCUGACCGCUCCAGAGAUGACAGCCCUCGUAGGAGGUCUACGUGCUCUCAAUGCAAACUACGAUGGGUCUUCCAACGGCAUCCUCACUUCCAAGCCAGGAGUUCUUACAAACGAUUUCUUCGUCAAUUUGCUCGAUAUGCACACCGUUUGGACUGCUGACCCUACUGGUGAGCUGUUCACCGGUAAAGAUCGCAAAACUGGUGCGCAAAAGUGGAAAGCCACCCGCGCUGAUUUGGUCUUUGGCUCGCACGCUGAGCUGAGGGCCAUUGCUGAAGUGUACUCAGAGGCAGGUGGUGCAGAGCAACUGGUAAAAGACUUUGCUGCUGCUUGGAUCAAGGUUAUGAACCUGGAUAGAUUCGAUGUCAAGCAUUGAAUACAGUGAACCUGUCAUGAGGAUAGACGUGGCUUAAGAAAGAAGCUGGGCUGAUGAACUUUGGCUAUUCUAUUCUUGUAUAUAGAUUAAAUCAAUCAAAACAAUUUUGAAGGAGA